AUGACCACCACGGCCAAGAAUGACGUCCCGAUUGACGUCACAUGGGAGGACCAGAAAAAUAUCUGCAUCUUUUCCCGCCUCCACCGACGCGUGCAGGCACUGAAUCGCCGCCUAAAACUUCUGACCGACGACAUUGAGAAACUUGACGACGCCGGCACCGAGGUGAUGAUCUGCGACGAGGUGAAAUAUGUCUUUGGCGAGGCAUUUGUGGACGUGGAGUGCGAUCAGGCCGUAGACCUGCUCAAUGCCGAGAAGCAGCGCAUUGAGUCGGAGAAGGAGGAAGUAGAGGCUGAGCUGAAGGAUCUGCAUGUGGCACUGGGGGAACUCAAGGCGCAGCUCUACGCCAAGUUCGGCUCACAGAUUUAUCUGGAGGAAAAGUAG